GCAGUAAUAAUGUCUGGUGAAAUCAUCUACUCCGAUGUUACAUUCACUCGGCAUCAGAACCAAGAUACUGGAGCAGAAAGUGAAGUUUCUAAUGGAGUAGCCGAACGUGAAGAAGAUGUCACAUACUCUGAGGUUAGAAGACCAGGAGGUAGAGCUAGUGAGCAGGAGGAUCCUGGGAAAGGAAGGGACCCUUGCAAUAGUGACCCCACUCCCCCAGUGGGGUCAAAGGCUACAAUCCCUGAGGGAGGGUCUGGGAGAGUUCCCGUGGUGAUCCUGGUGUGUCUCUGUGUUCUACUGCUGGGCUUGGCUAUCACUCUGGGAGUCCUCUAUGCUUCCAACAUGACUAGUCUUCAAGCUGAAGGGGCUUGCUUUGCCCAGAUGAAAGGGAAUCUAACAGGGAAACUGCAUGACCUGCAAGACAGCUAUAAGAGACUACAGAAUGAGACCCUCAUCAUAACAGUCCAGGAAGAGCUGUUCUCCUCAGGUCUUCGAGACUGUGAGGCCAACCUGACUAGGGUCAAAGAUCUCCUGGCAACCAUCCAAGGGAAUCCGAAGGAAUGUAAUGCUGAUACAAAACCAUGUUCUCCUGGCUGGGAGUUUUACAAUGGAUCAUGCUACUACUUCUUUCAAGGCAAACGGACCUGGGAACAGAGUCAGUAUGCCUGCAUCCACGAUGGAGGACACCUGGUCAUUAUAGAGAGUCAGCAGGAGCAGGAGUUUAUAAUAGAUACAUUUGUGAGAAGCACUGAUUUUGAUAACAGCCCCUGGAUUGGACUGACAGACAAGAAGCAAGAGGGAGUGUGGGUCUGGAUGGACAAUGCAACUCUUGAUGACAGGAUCAAGUUCUGGGACCAGAACACUGGAUCAUUGAAUCCUCCAGAACCAAAUGACUGGACCCCAGGUGAAGACUGUGCCCGAAUGGGUCAAAGCUGUUCCACUCAGGUCAAAUGUUGGUUUGACUUUGCAUGUGACAAACCAUGUAAGAGAAUCUGUGAGAGUCGUGCAGUCUGUGAGAGUCGUGCAGCCACUCGAUAGUACUGCCACAUGGAUUGUAUUGAAUGAGAACUAGCACAAAGUACUGCAUUGUUGGACAGUAUAAAGGGCCAGUUUCCCAGACACAGAUUAAACCUAGUCCUGGACUAAGAAGCAUAUUCAAUAGAGAUUCUCCAUUCAAAGUGUUUCUUAGUCCAGGACUAGCGAUUAAUAUGUGUCCAGGAAACCGACCCAUAAUGUCUAAUUUGCAUUAAUAGAGAGUACUACCUAUACAAUGAGUACACCAAACAUUAGAGUUGCACCCUCUCCAAACCCCUCUUUUGCCCUCAGAACAGCCUCAAAUGUGUCAUGGCAAGCGUUCCACAGGGAUGCUGGCCAAUGUUGACUACAAUGCUUCCCAAAGUUGUGUCAAGUUGGCUGGAUGUCCUUAGGGUGGUGCACCACUGUUAAUACACACAAGAAAAAAAAGAAAAAAAACAGCAGGUCCUGGCAGAGUUGUGCAGACUCAGGACAACUGAACUUAAUUUUAAAUUUAAACAGAAGUCUGUAAUUUGCUUUCUACUGAUCAUGAUCUUUUCCUCAAAGAAGUACAUGCAUUUAUUAUUGCUGAAUUGAAAGCCAUCCUCUCUUGGGGAAUGCUGCUUUUUAGUUAGCUUUGCGACAGUAUCCAUUUUGUUUUCCGGAUUGUUCUUAUUUGCCUCAAUUAAGUUAGAAAAAUUGGAUGAUCGAGCAGCAGUGAGGGCUCUUCGAUACUGCACGGUACUGUCUUUCCAAGCUAGUCGGAAGAC